UGCUUGCAAGUUAUUCUUCAAAACAGACAAAAUCAUUGGCUUGAUGGUUCAAGAAGUACAGUCACAGUAGUGUGUUUCUGUCAUAUUUUUCCAUUUGCCCUUAUAUAUAGACAACCCCAGGACUAUGUGCUGGAAUGCACAAAAAUGUAUUUUUCCUCAUGACACAAAUGUUAUUCUAGUCACAUGCCCCACUGGCUUCUAACAAAUUGCAUUUAAAAGCUGUUCAUUCUAUACCCAAACAUUUGAUUAUGGGUCGAUGUAGGCUAUAGAACAGUCAUGGGAUGGUUUUCAGUCACAUACUUAAGCAGCAUAAGAUUCCUCUGCCAUAAAUUGAGCAGACCAGGUUUGAACAGGAUGAACAUGUCUACAAUUUGUCAAGUACACUCUAGUCUACCUCCAGUGACAUGAGCGCUCGACCACGAAGCCGCUGGAGUGCGCGCUCUUCUUGCAGAAUAGCUGUGCAGUCAGGAUUUUGGAUGUAUAAGCCUUCUUAUUGAAUAUAUACAUUUAAAGAAAAAGUGAAUCGGUAGGAAGCGAUCAUAAACUGAUCAAUGAAUACGGUUUCAGAACUACUAUGAACCGAACCUUUUGGGAAAAGCAGAGCGCACGGAUGCAGGCGGCACUGGGUUGGCACCAAUUAUUUAUAUCCACACUGACUGAUAUACAUUAUUGUAUAUUUUGGAAGCCAUAGAAAUGCAUUUAUUAAUGUCUAUAUUCGUUUGUGCCACAUGUAUUAUAUUACAAGCACCUCGAUGCAUACGUUCCAUUGUAUUAUGUGGGCUGAACAUAAAAACAAAACGUUUUUUUUUUUAAUCUUCCAAGUAUCAUUUAAAGAAAUGACUAAUGUUACUGUCCCCACCACAACAACAAAAUACUUAAAUACAUGUAAUUUUGUUCUUAACGUUUAAUUUAAUACUAUAUUAUUAUAAUAUUAAUAAUUUAAUACUGUAGAAUUCCAUUCAUUCCUAUGGAGGACUGCUGCUACUGGGGAGUGCCAAUAUGCCCCACCGUUGGCUUCAAAGCCUAUCAAUGGCCAAUACAUAGCAUUAGCAAUCCAGGGUUUAUAUACAUCGUUGGUUGGCACUAGCUCAAGACUGAGGGAUACCAGUAAUGUAACUGACUUUACAUUGACAUAAUCCUUACGAAUGCUCUGAACCGUUUUUCAAGCUAAAUUGUUUCGCAAUAUUAGAUAUGGCCCAAACAAUCACAACAGAAAUCACAUUGAUCGGAUGCAUUCUCCAAGAUUAAUGCCUUUUUACACUUCCGAAGUUACUGCAGAGUGAGUAUAACCGACUACAGCUAAAGUAGUCAAAAGCAUGCACCUGCUAUGCACGCAUAUUGUUGUUGAACGUGCGCCAGUCGUUAUAGCACUCGAAGAGUGUUGUGCAGUCAAUAGUGGCUAAAUGCAAAGCCUACUGUUUAUAGGUUGGUCCAUGCAAAUAAUGUUGCUAUGGGUUGCUAUGGAGAUAUUGCAGGACUUGGUGAAAAUGAAUUGCUUAAUCCAUUUAAUAGGCAUUUAGAAAUCAAUGUACUUAAAUAAAAUGUGUAAUUUGCAGAUGUCUUUAUCGUCAUGAUAUAAGGCCUGGCCUAUUGCCCUGUAUUGUGUGGUGGUUUUGCUGUCGCCGAGGCUCAGAUGUGAGGGGAGCGCUCACCGUCUGCCACUCGUUUCCAUUGGAACAGACAAAGGCUCCGAGGGCUGGCGGAGAAUGCCGAGCUCAGGCCGGAAGAUGUCUCUUUCUAAUGUUUGGAAGAUUAAAUAGCAUAUCGCCAUGCAGCAUAGGACUGUUGUGACAGACUGAUGAAGCCGAUAGUGGUUUGCGGGAGGACACAGGCGCCACGCGGCGAUUGAUAAGAGUAUGUGGGGUUCUGGUUUCGCCUCGUCCCGACCUUGUGUGGUUGAACUCGGGCGGAAUCACAGUGUGCCCUUGGGGAUAUGUGGUUCCGACGAGCCUCACUCUCUUUAUGGCUAUAUCGUCGCAAUCCCUUUACGGGACUACGGUGGGAUCAUGUCGGGAUUGGGGUCGGAUUCCUGGUGGAAGAAGACCAUCUAUAUCACCGGCGGUGCCCUCCUCGCCGCUGCUGCCUAUCUAUUACAUGAGCUGCUCGCCAUCAGGAAGGAGCAAGAGUUGGACUCUAAAGAUGCCAUCAUCCUCCAUCAGUUCUCAAGGCCAAACACAGGGGUCCCCAGCCUCUCACCAUUCUGCCUCAAGAUGGAGACCUACCUACGCAUGGUUGACCUGCCCUAUCAGAACUACUUUGAUGGGAAGCUCUCUCCACAGGGCAAGAUGCCAUGGAUUGAGUAUAACCGGCAGCAGGUGUCGGGGUCAGAGUUCAUCAUUGACUUCCUGGAAGAGAAGCUGGGCGUCAACCUCAACAAGAACCUCAGUCCCCAGGAAAGAGCCGUGUCCUGGGCUGUCACCAAGAUGGUGGAGGAGCACCUCUACUGGACAAUCGCCUAUUGCCAGUGGGUAGACAACCUGGAGGAGACCCAGAAGAUGCUGUCAGUCACUGGUCCUCUCGGUGACAUGCUAAAGUGGAUCCUCAGCCACCUGAACAGCAGCAUGGUGCAAAGGGAGAUGUACGGCCAUGGCAUCGGACGCUUCUCCAAGGAGGACGUCUACAAGCUGAUGGAGAAGGACAUGCGCACGCUGGCCGAACUGCUCGGAGAUAAGAAGUACUUCAUGGGACCUAAAAUGUCGACAGUAGACGCUGCUGUGUUUGGUCACCUGGCCCAGGCCAUGUGGACACUACCUGGCACACAACCUGAACAGCUCAUCAAAGGUGAGCUCGUCAACUUGGCCAUGUUCUGUGAGCGCAUGCGGAGAAAGUUCUGGCCUGAGUGGUUUGUGGACAUAGAGGACCUGUGCUAUGAUGGAGCAGACACUGACAGCAGCGAGGGCUCUCCUACAUGCCUGAUGGACUUUGGCCUGUUCUCCCGGACAGACACCAUGGAGGAGAGUGAAGCCUCUGACAAACACACACACUCACACACUCACUCCCCCAAUACGGACCACUCGCUGUUCGACUCAGACGUGGGCACGUGCUCGGAGAACGAGCCGCAGCUCAAGUGUGACCCUCCUAGUCCUGACCCCCCUAAUUCUGCCCCUUCCAACCCCAGUCCCAAACCUCCCAACCCUUGACCCAUCCUCAUCCAGUGAGGUGGGGUGGUUUUGGCUGAGGCGGUCAGACGGCCGGAACGUCAAACUAAUCAGGGCGCUGCUAUCUGGAUUGGCAUCAUAGAGCUGCGGAACACAGAGGCACAGUUCUCGCUUCUGCUGCUGCCUCUCCCUCUCUUUCAGAGAUCUGUGCUCACACAUGGAGGCACAGUUAUAUUCCAUGAUGACUGAAAACUAUAUCCUAACAAUGUAAUAUCAGUGCACUCAGACAAACUGGGUAUUUGUAUGCAGAGCGUAUAAAUCGAACCCCAUGUUACAUGCGUUGCAUUAUGAUUUCCUCACCCCUAGUGAUGGUGACAUUGCCAACAUGUCACAAUCACAGACGUUGCCUUAUUUGUUUCAGUUGUCCCAGGGUACAGGCUAGCGUGAAACAUUUUGAGAGAGAUUGUUGGUGGAAACAGGUGUGUCUGUCCAUGGAAUACAGGCAACACGGCUGUUUCUUAGAAAUGUAACUGGUGAAAGAGAGACCAUGAUGAUGGUGAUGGUAGCAGAAACAUGAAAUCACUGGAUUUUAGAGAACAGGGGUCAGUCAUUUGCUAAGACUUGGACACAUAUUGUAGAGUGAUAUAUAUAUAU